AAAACAAAAGCGAACGCGUGGAGAAAGAGGAGAGAGGGUGAAGAAAAAUCAUCGUAGAAGGCGGUGAUGAGAGCGUAGCGUUUUGGGGGUCGAGGGCGAAGCAUAAGGAGAGAGAGAGCGGGAGAGUUGUUCGCUUGCUGAUUAGGUGAGCGUGUCACACGCAACUUUCUGCGACUUUGAGGCAAUUUAACGGAAGAAAGAGAGUGAAGAGUAAAGUGUUGCGCAGCGCGUGCAGUGCCGCACACUACUUUGACAGAUUGGAUGAGUGCGAUUUUCGCGAGUGAAAUUUUUCGAGAGUGAAAUUUUCGCUCGUGAUAAGAAACCGGAAGUGUGGAGGAGAUCUCAAUUGCGAGUGGUUUUGCGAAGCAAAGGAAAAAAGAAGCUUACUGAUUACACGCAAAAAAAUAAUAAAAGCAAAAUUACGGCAUUUGUGUUAAUUGCUCAGCGUUGUUUUUAUGCCAUUUUCCUGCCAAGGUGUGAAUCACGGUGCUUAAAUGUGUGAUUUUUGUUUUGUGCUCGCCCCAGGAAAUAAAUUGUCCAAAUUUCUCAACCUGCGCGAGCGCGAUAAAAGGAAGAGUUCACUCUGAGUGAGAAGCGAUUUGUUGAAAAGUGAUUGAUACUGAUUUUUUUGGAAGAUUGGAAAGAACCCAUUUGAAGUUGGAAACAUCAAAAAAGUGUUUGAAAAGUUUGAAAAAGUGUGAUUCAGAAAAAAGAGAAGAGAAAACAAGUCUUAUCAAACAGAAAACAGAAAUAAAGAUACCAGAUUGAGGAAGAAACUGCAAAAACGAGGAGCUGCCGUCAGGUUCAACGGUCCCAGUGAUGUACUGCUGCUAAGCAAAGCGCCGUCCGGUACUCGUGUACGCCGCAGCCGGAACAACUGUCGGAACCGUCGUAGCAAGAUUAAGCGACACCACCGGCUAGAUACCGGUCCAACCUUAUGCUUGCCGCCGUUGCGUCUAGCCAUGCACGUUUUGAAACUUGAAAUGGCACGCGACUCGACAAUGGGACGGGACCGGAUUCUGGUGGUGCCCAGCACCGGGAUCGCGCUGGACACGCCCUCGACGUCCCAGCCCAGUGGUGGUGGUGGUGCGGCCGGGCCCGGUGGCGGUGGCGCCGCCGUCCCGUCCGACAUCAACCAGCAGAUACUGGAGGUGAGCCUGCUGCAACUUCGCAAGGAACAGGAAAUCCAGAAGCAGAAACUCUGGCAUGCCUUCCAGGAGAAGAACAAGGAGCUGGAGAUGCAGCACCGGCAACAGUUGGAACAUAAAUUUCAGCUAGCGCAAGCCUAUCACCACACUACUGGGUACGUCUUCCAGGAACUGCGCGACCAGCGGCUCGCCGAGGAGGCCGCCCAGCAGCGGGAACGGCGCGAACGGGAGGCGAUCAAGCGGAGCAAGGAAAAGCAGGACUUUAGCGCGAACGCCAGCUCCGAGGUCAAGCAGAAGCUGCAGACCUUCCUGAUACAGAAAAAGCAAGCGGCAGCCUCAAACGGAAUGAAUUCCCCCUCGUCCUAUCGAAAUUGGGGCGUGGUGAAAUCCUCCUCCGGUGAGUCCAUCCAGGCGGGGGCCGUCGCGGCCAGUUCGCACCCGUACAAAAUUCCGCCCCCGCCCCCGUCCGCCAUCGCCAAGUACGAGUCGGACUUUCCGCUGCGGAAAACCGCUUCCGAGUCGAACCUGCUGAAGAUCCGCAUCAAGCAGCGGGUCAUCGAGAAACGUGCCAUGACGGGGCCGGCGCUCGCCCGCCGCCAGGAACGGCUCCAGCAGGCGGCCCAGCGCCGACUCCAGAAGCAACAGCAGCAGCAGCAGCACCAGCACGGUUCCCACCCGCAUCCGACGCACCCGCAGUUGUCCGCGCUGGCCGCCGCACAUUCCGCAAAUUGCGCCACCGGAGGAACGCCCGAUUCGGGUCCAAACUCACCGCCCGCCCUCGGAAGUCGCGGCUCCCCGUCCAACGCACCCAUCCAGGAGGAGAACGAAGAUCCGCAGUACGGCCCCGGCGGUCGGUCCAGCAUCAACGACCUCUCACUCUUCAGUUCGCCCUCGAUGCCGAACAUUUCCCUCGGACGGCCACACCUUGCCGACAAUCCGCUGAUGGUACCGCUGAGACCUCCCCAUCCGCUGGUGGCCGCUGCCGGUCAGCAGCCACCACCACCCUCCUCUCACCACCAAUCUCAGCAGCAGCAGUUUGGGGCGGCCAUGUUGGAACAGCUUACGGAGCAGCAGCUGCAGGCGGCUGCUGCGGCGGCCGCAGCUGCCGCCGCCGCCAGUGGGCUGUCCAUCAAUCCGGCCCACCACCUGGCGGGAAUGCAUGCCGGGGUGCCGCCGCCCGUCCCCGUGUACGGUCAUCCCAUAACGGACGCCCAGGUGGCGCAAGCGCGGUUACACAAGCAGGGCCACAGGCCGCUGGGGAGGACGCAGUCGGCGCCGUUGCCGCUCGGGCACCCGAUGCUGACGGGGGCGGCCGGGGUGAACAUUGGACAGACGCACUACGAGAACAGUGAUGCCGAACGCCAAGCGUACGAGCAGCACCUGCUGAUGAAGCAGAAAAUCCGCCAGACGGCGCUGAACCGCGCCAACUGCGUCCGCGAACCCCAGCUCAAGGAGGAGGUCGAAAGUGGCGAGGUGAUCGACCUCACCGACAAAAAGCAACCUCCGAAGACGACGGUCAUAACGGCGGCGGCGAGCACAACGACCACCGUCAACAACGGGCUGGGCAGCGUGAUCAAGAGUACGUCGCACACGUCGCUGCUGCAGCGGGAUCCGUCGGCGGAGAGUUUGCAGCAGCAGCAGCACGUGGAGUUUAUGCAGCAGCGGGAGCGGGAGUUGGCGUUGAUGCGGCACUCGAUGCAGCUGGGGAUGCUGGAGGAUCAGUACCAGAGGGCGGCGGCGGCGGGGAUGUUGAGGCCGUUGUCGCGGACGUCGUCGAGUCCGUUGGUGCAUUUGGGGGCGCCGGCGAGCAGUAAUCAUCCGAUGACGACGGCGCUGUCGGACACCGGGCAGGACGAUAUUCCGCCGCCGGUGAACUUGACGGUGCAGAACAGGAGCCGGAGCAUGCUGAGUUACACGAACGAGGGAUUGACGAGUCCGGGGCCGUUGCAGUUGACGACUUCGUCGUCGGCGUCGGCGAUUCCGAUACGGUUGGUGCAGCAGCAGCAGCAGAGUGGGAAGCCGACGACCGGGCUGGCGUUUGACAGUUUGAUGUUGAAGCAUACUUGUGUUUGCGGGGACAACGCGGCCCAUCCGGAGCACAGCGGCAGGUUGCAGAGCGUUUGGGCGAGGUUGGUGGAGACGGGGCUGGCGUCGCGUUGCGACAAGCUGCGAUCGAGGAAGGCGACCCAGGAAGAACUUCAAACUGUGCAUACGGAAGCGCAUUCGCUGCUGUUCGGGACGAGUCAGCUGAACCGCCAGAAGGUGGACGCCAGCCGGGUCAGUUUCGUGCGGUUGGCUUGCGGCGGAGUUGGGGUGGAUUUGGACACGACCUGGAACGAACACCACACGGCUGCCGCGGCUCGAAUGGCCGCCGGUUGCGUGAUAGACCUCGCGUACAAAGCAGCCAAGGCGGAAAUCCGGAACGGGUUCGCCGUGGUCCGUCCCCCGGGUCAUCACGCCGAACCGAACGCCGCCAUGGGCUUCUGCUUCUUCAACUCGAUCGCCAUCGCGGCCAAAGUGCUGCGCCAGCGACUUCCCUCCGACGUCCAGCGGGUUCUGAUCGUCGACUGGGACGUGCACCACGGCAACGGAACGCAGCAGGUCUUCUACGACGAUCCGAACGUGCUCUAUCUGUCCAUCCAUCGGCACGACGACGGCAACUUCUUCCCCGGAACGGGAGGUCCCACCGAGUGCGGAGCCGGCCCGGGCCUCGGUUUCAACGUCAACAUUGCCUGGUCCGGCGGGUUGAGCCCGCCGCUAGGCGAUGCCGAAUAUCUGGCCGCGUUCCGCACCGUUGUGAUGCCGAUUGCGCGCGAGUUCCAGCCGGAUCUGGUGCUCGUGUCGGCCGGGUUCGACGCGGCCUUUGGCCAUCCGGCUCCGCUCGGCGGGUACAUGGUGUCGCCGGCCUGCUUCGGGUACCUGACGCGCGAGCUCAUGAAGCUGGCCGAGGGAAAGGUCGUCCUCGCCCUGGAAGGUGGCUACGAUCUGCCCGCCAUCUGUGACUCCGCCCAGGAGUGCGUGCGCGCCCUGCUCGGUGACGACCUGUCACCGAUAGCCGCCACCGAACUGUCCCGCCCCCCGUGUCAGUCGGCGAUCGAAACGCUCCAGAAGACGAUCGCCAUCCAGAUGACGCACUGGCCCUGCGUCAAGCGGCUCGCCCACACCGUGGGCUUCUCGGCGAUGCAAGCGGUCAGUGGGCCGCUGAGCGGUUCGGGCGACCGGGAAGAGUCGGACACGGUGACGGCGAUGGCCGGGCUGUCGAUGCAGCCGCCGAAUCGAACAUCGGACAUCUCGCGCGAGGACUCCGAGGAGCCAAUGGAUCAGGACGAGUCCAAGUAGGACGCCGGCCAAGCCGGCUAAGCAGCUCGAGUCAUCCCGCUUGUGGACGCUAAAGAUGGCGCCUCACAAACUCUCUUGGCUUGGGGCAGGCGUCAAAGUCAAGGCCGGAGUUUUUUUUGGACGAAGCGGAAAGCAAAAAUUGACGCAAAAGAAAACAAAAUGUUACCUCGAUGUGAAGUAAGUGUAAUUUUACCUGUUAUAGAGGGAGAGGGAGAGAGAUGGGAGAGAGCAAACGCUGUGAGAAGCGUUGCGCGAGAGAGAAAGGGGAGAGAGUAUUUAAGAGAGCGUUACAGAGCUUAGACAAGUUUUUAAGAGAGAGCGCGAGAGUGGAAUCAAUUUGACAGUUGUUGGUUUGAGACCAUGAAAUGAAAAAAAGAACUCAAAAUCAGGGAAAACUAAUAUUGUGGUUGAAUUCGGAAACAAAGCUGUUGUACUAAUUGUUAUAAGGGGAAAUUUUGGAGGGUUUGGGGAGGAAAGAGAGAGGGAGAGAGCACAUUUUUGAAGAGAGUCGACGACCUUUGGUCAAAUUUAAAAUUGUUUUAUUUUUGGCACAACAAAACUCAGAGUUGACAAACCGCUCUGGGUGCAUUCGUAGAACAGAACUUGUAGUGAUAUCAUCGUAACAGAAAUAUAUUUCCGUUUUUUCGUUGGUUGUUCAUUGUUGGCUGUUGGGAAAUUUCAUCGUAUGGAAAUAGAGGGAAAUAUAUAUACAUAUUUGAAAAAAUAUAUAAACUAAUCUGGAUGUGAAACGCAAAAUUUCGUUCAAAACAGAAAUCAUAAAGGUAAAAUACAGUUAAGAUUACAACAUUACAGAAAAAAGUACGUUUGUUUUACAAAAUGCAAAGAAAGCGGUAAUUACAAAGUAAUUUUUAUAGGAAACUAACAAACAAAAACGCUGACUUCUUAUAUACUUGUACUAAAAAAAACAACUUUUUCAAACACAGAAACAAUCUUUUAAUCUUCUCAAACGCGUACGCACGGUGGAAACAUCUCGCAAACAAAACGUAUUCCUUCCAACGUAGUGCUAAAAAGUCGCACUUUUGUCACCACAAACCAUUUGGAGAAACACUUGUACUAAACAAAAAUCACGAAAGCAACCGUACUCUCUCAUCCCUAUCACAAAAAAACGAAACAAAAAUCUGCUCAACCACACACAAACAACUUGCACGCUUGCUCCUUUUUCUAGAAAGCAAAAAAAAAGUUGUACUAAAAUUUUAGUACAAGUUUGAAUUGUACUAAAAAAAUGUCCACAAAAAUGUACGAACAUUUUAGUAUCAAAAAUGUUGUACUAAAUUUAAGUACUCACAAAUUUUGUACUAAAAGUUUAGUACACACCCCUAAAAUCAGCCCAAACGAAUACCAAGUAAAAUAGCGAAUAAAUGCAACACGAACACACUCAAGAAUUACAACAAGAUUUAUAACUGCUGCCAUAAAACAAUAAAACUAGAGAGAGAGCGAGAGAAAAAAUAACCUAGCGAGAGAUAACCUUUUAAAUCCACGUAAACAAACAGCCUGCUGCGAGAGUUUUUUGGUUUCGGUUCUCUUUUUUCCGUUUUUCCUUGUGCUAAUGUGCGUAGCAAAAUUGAUUGCGACUUUCGCAAAAAAAAGAAAGAAAAUACAGAGAUAAUAUUUAUACUAGUAACGAAAAUCGCAAAAAAAGAGUACAUUUUUAACAAACAGUUUAUCUUUAAUAAGUGUUGAGUGACCUUAAUGUAUACCAACGAAAAGAGAGUAAAACCAUUUAAUACAGAUUGCAAACAGAUAUAAAGAAUAUAGUAAAAAACGUACAUUUCAAAAAACAAAAUAAAAACUUAAAGCUUUCAGAACAAAGUACUAAAAAAAGGGUAACGAUGCGAUAGGUAGCAAAUUUGAACGUUUAACACACACACUAUUUAAAGAGGGCAAGGUCGCUGAAAAAAUAUUUUACAAAUCACACUUGAAGCUUACCGAACGCUAUCUACUUGCUGUUUCUCGUCCAUUUUGGUUGUACUAAAAAAAAGUAACACAACACAUAACACACUCAUAGCCGAAACAAACGCCGACGCUUUUGGGCUGUACUAAACGCUGAGUUUUGUACUAAAAUCAGUAACACAGAGGACGUUUAGUUCCGUUUUUUUACCACAACUGUGCUGUAACUUUUUGUACUAAAAUCGGCUGUUCCGACCGAACCGGGUCCGGAAACUCCGCACCAUAGUUUGUAGUUCAAGUAUAUAUCUCUAUAUAUUUGUCAAAGUGCUGGUCACUUUGUCUUUGUUUUUUUUUUUCUUAUUUCUUGGAAAUAACACACACUAAUACACACACAAUUGUACACAAACAGAAAAAUGGGAAAAAAGCCGACGUGGUCGAUGUGAUAUCGUUUCUCAAAUAAAAUUAAAAAAUGCAUUUUUCUAACCCCUUCCCCGUCCUCUUCCCCGCCUUUCCCAAUUGUUAUUGUUUUGUUGCUUUGCCACCACACAAUUACUAGCCAGUGAAAAGUUGCUUGAAAUGUACGGAAUUUUAGUGCAGUUUACUAAAGUUUUGUAGAAUGUUCUUAAAUUUCAGUACAAUGACGUCGAUUCAAAAUUGAGUAUCUUAAAUUUACUCAUUUUUUGCAGAUUGUUAAUUUGCGUAAAAUUGAGCGUACAGAUUACUGUCAACUUGUACUAAAUUUGCAUACACUACUAAAGUUCAGUAGAGUGACGUUGGCUCAAAAUUAACAAGUUGUUCCCAAAUUGUACUAAAUUGGAGACAAUGUUUUAAAAUUUAGUACAAUUUAUUUGAGUUUGAGUACAUUGAACUACACUUUUAGUACAAUGACUAAUGCUCAAAAUUGAGUUGGUGAAUUUUCAUAAUUGCAUAGGCAAAUUGCUAUUUUGUACUAAAUUUUCAUAAACAGUACUAAAGUUUAUUACAGUGAUGUAGGCUUCAAAAUUAAUAGAUUUUUGCCUAGUUGUACUAAAUAAGAGAAUUUUUUCUCGAAUUUAAUUAAAUUUUUUAAAGCAUUCGUUCAUUGAAUUACAAUUUUAGUACAAAUUACUACUCAAAAUUGAGCUUUUGACAAUUGGCGAAUUUUCAUGAAUGCAUGGGCAGAAUGCCAAUUUGUACUAAAUUUUCGUACACGGCACUGAAGUUUAGUACAAUGACGUUUAAUAAAAAUUAACAGUUUAUUGCAAGUUUGUACUAGAUUUGUGAACAAUUUUUCUAAAAAUUUAGCACAUUUUUUUGAGUUUAAGUUCAUUGAAAUACAAUUUUACUACAUUGACAUCGUCUCAAAAUUGAACAUUUGACAGGUGAUGAAUUUUCGUAAUUGCCUGGGCAGAUUUUGGAACAAAUGGUUAGUAUUGUGACGUUGACUCAAAAUAAAACAGGUUAUUGCCAAAUUGUACUAAAUUUAGGAAAAAUAUUUUAAAAUUUAGUGUAAUUUAUUUAAGUUAAAGUACGUUGAAUUAAAAUUUUAGUACAGCGACCAAGACUAAAAAUUGUGCUUUUGGCAGUAAAUUCAUGUGCAGAUUGCAAACUUGUUCUAAAUUGUAUACAUUAUACUCAUGUUUAGUACAGUGACUUUGACUCAAGAAUUUCCGAUUGAUGUCAUUUUGUUUUAAAUUGGAGAAAAUGUUUUAAAAUUUAGUACUAUUUAUUUGAGUUCAGGUACAUUGAAUUUUAGUACAAUGACUUUAACUCAAAAUUAAGCCUUAGACAGUUGAUAAGUUUUUGAAAAUGUAUGGGCAGAUUAUUACUAGUUUGUACUAAAUGUUAGUAUACUCUUCUUAAGUUUUUUUUGAAUGCUAAUAUGUACAUUGUACUAAAAUUUUAGUCAAAAGAUAUCGACUUAUAUAACUAAAUUUUUGCUCGUUGGUAAAUUUACGAAAUGCGUAACAAUUUAACUCAAGUGAAAAACAUUAAAUUAAAAUUUGAUUGGGUGCGAAUUUUAUCACCAACUUGUACCUAUUUUUUAUAAUUUGUUCUAAAGUUUAGAACAAUGUACUUAUUUUAAAUUCAGGAAUCUAUUUCCAAACUGAGUAAAUUUAAUUCAUUCAAUUUUUAAUAUUUGGCGAAUUUUCCUAAAUUCGUGUGCAGAUAAUCGACAGCAUGUACUUUAUUUGAAAACAGUGUACCAUUUAGUUAAAUGUUUAAAAAUUCAAAACAAUUUGCUGAAAUUUUAGUACAAUGCUUUAACUCAAAAUAGAGUUACCUGAAGUGACCUAUUUUUUUACAAUUGGUGAGUCUUCGUUAAAUUCGUGCGCAGAUUAUUUCCAACUCAAUUUGAAGUUUAUUUUAUUUUAUCUAAAUGUUUAUAACAACAUUUUCAAAGUUUAGAACAAUACUCUAAAAGUUUAGAACAAUAUUCUAACUGUGGUUUGGUUGAGCGUUUUAGCAGAAUGCAUUACUGUGAAUACAAAGAGACGAGUUGUUCCUUUUAAUUCCGCUAUAUAUUUUAAUAUCUUGACAGAUACGUAUUUCGUCUACUACUUGCAGACUUCAUCAGUGUUCUGUUCUCGACUAGUCGAGAACAGAACACUGAUGAAGUCUGCAAGUAGUAGACGAAAUACGUAUCUGUCAAGAUAUUAAAAUAUAUAGCGGAAUUAAAAGGAACAACUCGUCUCUUUGUAUUCACAAUAUUCUAACGUUUGAAACAAAGUUCUAAAAUUUAAGCAAAGUGGUCUGAAUGUUUAGUACAAUGUUCUAAAACAUUACUAUAAUGCACUAAAAGUCUAGUAAAAUGUACUGGAAGUUUAGAACAGUGUCCUGAAAGUUUAGUGCAGCAGCGCCGACUCAAAAUUGAGUAGGUUAAAUUUACUCAAUUCUUGCCGAAUUUUCUUUAAUACUCACGGAUUAUUGCAAACCGUUUCCGUGAAUUCCGUAACGCGAAAAAACACAAACCAGUCUGCGUAACGUAAUUUCUGAACGCCUCCGGCUUUGUUUACUUUGUGAUAAUUUUUGACAACUCACCUCCGGCAACGCUCUUAAACAACACAAAAAUGAAAAAAAAUAAACUAGUGAAAUACGCUUUUGUUGUACUAAAAAUGAACAUGAAAAAAAGGAAUAACCUCAGCAGAAACGACUCACGAAUGAAAUGACAAAUGGAAAUUCAACACGAAAGAGAGAGAGAGAGAAAAGUUACAUGAAUGUUACGCAAACUGAACCAAGAAAAAAAAAUUAUAAUAAUGGAGUAAAACUGAAACAUUCCUCUUUUAAAGAAAGUUUAAGAAAAGUUAAUUUAUGUUUAACACAAAAACACACGCAAAGAAAUGCAUUAAAAAUGGUCGCGCGCGAGAGUGAGAGAGUGAGAGUGAGAGCGAGAGAGCGUGAGUGAGUGAGUUGAAGCUCCCACUAUUGUUUAGUUAAUUAUGGUUUAGCGUGCUAAGGAAAUGACGACUAAGGCGAGACGAGUUGUACAUAGUUUAGAACACUAGCUUCUAUUUUUAUACCUAUUAUGUCUUAAAUUAUCCCACUUUUUUGUUAGAUAAAAGCAGUUCUCCCUGUAAAACGUUUAAUUUUAUGCAAUUGUUGCUGUUUUAUUUGUUUGUACUAAAAAAAAGAAAGAAUAUAAAAUGCGAUAGAAUUUAUUACGUUUUUCAACGAAUACCUAAUGUGUGCAAACAGAUUGAAGCAGAACACACAAAUACGCGUACACACACAGAGACAACAACACAGACACGUGAAAACGAAUAGCUAGUUCAAUUUAACAAAAAAAGAAGAAGUUAAAAGAAAGAGAGUGUUAUUACUCUUUUGAUCGAGUGCAAAUGGAGAGCUGGGCUAGAGAAAGUAUAUUUAAAAAGAGAGAAAAAGAAAAAUACAGAAAAAUUUAGAAAGCAACUAGUUAGCUAAGUUAAAAAUGAGAAAAACUAAAAAACAAAACAGUUUUGAACUAUUUGAAAACAGAGAAAUAUAUAAAAAAAGUAACAAACUAAUCAACGAUUCAUUUCAAAAAUGAAAAAUUUAAGGUUAAAAGAGAAAAAGUAAUCUAUUUUUGGAUGCGACACGAAAAAAUAAAUUUAAACUAAAACCCAUUAGUUCCGAAAAGGAAACGAAACUUCUCUCUGCAAAACAAAAAAACAGACAAAAGAGACGCCGCCAUCUUUCAUCUCAUGUAGUUUUAAAA